AUGGAAACAGAAUUUGAUACACCGAAAGUCUACACGCUGGUGGCAAACCUACCUAAAAUAUUCACGAACACAGUCGAGAUCCUCUUACAAGAACUCAUCCAAGACGAAACAGGAGUGGUACAAGUUUUAACAUCGGAUAACAUCAACCUGAACCCAAGCGGCGGCUUCACGCCGCAUCAUCUCUCUCGACUCCUUCGCGACGAACAAGUUCCUGAGUCUCAGUUUCUAGGUCAAAAGAUCGCUCUUGAUAUCAGUCGCGAACUUGCUAAUGACGAUUCCCUUAGAGAGCCUGCUUUCGUAUUCGUCACUGUCAUUUCAUCAGAGAGACACGUUUGGUCUUUCCACCUGAUGAACCUACUCCAUCGAGAGGUGCUUCCGGUGAAGUUCUCCAUAGGUUAG